UUCUCACAACAACAGAGUUACCCAGCGCAGAGAGCUACCAGCAGGAACAGCAACACGAUGUAACAAGCGAAACAAAUCACAGGAGUAAAAGACCAAGAGCUCCCCGGUCACAACCUUGCACUGAAGGCAACAUGCCAACCAGAGCUAAAAGGCAACGAACAACAGGUCGAGCAAAGACUAAAAAGGCACCGACUGAGCCAGCUGUCAGUGAGGGUAGUGACAUGGGAUCAGAGCCAAUUCCAGCAGAGACAGCAGGCCUCUCCACAUCUCCACCAAGAAUCCUUCAAUUCCGUACUCCCAUCCGGUUUAUCACCAUCCCAGACACCCCAGGAUAUCAGGUUGUUCAGACACUGAGUCCGGUUAUUCGACUUCCACUCCCAAAUACAGCUGCUGCACCCACAUACAUAUUUGUGCCUGCUCCCUCACCACCCCGCAACCUCCAAGUGCCACCCCUCUCCCCUGUGAACGGUGCAGUAGCACCAGUUCAAAUGAGUUCAUCCCCACCUGGAUCUUUGUCAGACACUGCUAGCAAAGCUAUGUCUCCCCAUUGUGCUUCACCACUCUCCCCCAGUAAUGAGACAUCCCCUUGUAAAGAACCACCUGUUCCUCAGUCUCCCACCGUCCUUGACAUUCCACAGAGUGUCAAGGACUACAUUCAGAAGGCCAAAGCCCACAUGAGUCAAGCCUGUCAGGAUAUGGAGGCAGGUUUGAACCUGGCCUCUCAUUACGUAGACGUGGAAGUGAUCCAGAGAGAGAUCCUUCGUUCUGGAAAAAACACAAACAAAUGCCUGGACAAAGAGUUAGUCAUCAUUGGAGACACAGACCGACAAAAAAGCUUGUUGGGGCAGAGUCAGAUCUUUGAGAGCUCAAAUGGAGACAAAUCCAAACGCUACAUAUUGCUAUUCGGCAAUGCAGGCAUGGGAAAAACCACUCUGAUCAAGAAGCUGUGUCUUGACUGGUCCAGAGACUGCAUCCCUCAGUUUGACUUUGUCUUCUUAUUAGAUGGCAAAGCACUCACCAUAACAGAGCCGACCUAUAGCCUUCAAACCCUCCUGCUCAACCUCUCCUCCUUUGCCCCUUCCUGUAUUGACCCCCAAGCAGUGUAUGCUCAAAUCCUCGCAGCUCCUAAGCGUGUGCUCAUCAUUUUUGAUGGGUUUGAACAGUUGCGGGACUAUGAAAUUCUACUCCAGACCCAGGAAAAAGAUUUAUUCUCAUCAAUGCAGAAAGACAGUAAAGCGCAGACAUACACAGUGAGACAGCUAUACGCUGCCAUCCUUCAGCGGGCCCUCCUACAGGGCAGCACGCUAUUGCUCUCUACCCGACCAAGAGGCACUGCCAGCCAGCUACUGCGGCGGGCAGACAGCCUUUUGGAGAUGAGUGGUUUCACCCCCACAUAUGUCGAGAGUUAUUUGUCACAGUACUUUACUGAUGCUGCCCUCAGGGCAUCUGCUUUGGACUGCUUACAAAACUCCAGCUAUCUACAUCUCCUCUGCUGGAACCCUGGGCUAUGUCGACUGGUGUGCUUGGUUUUAGAGCAGUCCAAAAGUGCAGGGACUCUACCGAGAACUUUAACUGGGCUCUGCCAUCAAGUGCUUCGCCUAAAAAUGGAAAGGGACUGUAGUAACACAAACUCACAGGCUGAGGCUCAAGCACAAAUAUCCAUUCAAUGUGUAGAAGAAACCCAGACACAUGUCUCUAGUAGCACUGAUGUGAAGAGAAGAUCCAAAAAUACUCAGAGAAAGUCCCGAACACAGGUGCACACUCGCUCUCGCAACCAAAGAGCAAAGAGGGCAAAAGCAAAGGAGAAAGAGGCAGAUGAUUUGGAGGCAGAGGAGAUGAAGAGUGGUGGAGGUGAAGUACAGAACACAGAGGACAGAGAGUUGCUGUCCCAGCUGAGCUCUUUAGCCUGGGAUGGGGUCAAAGCCAACUCUUCCGUCAUUCCCGCAGGACGGACCAUAUCCGCCAAACUCAAGGCGUUUGGCCUCAGGACAGGGAUAUUCCUCUCUCACCACCUGAGGAUGACACAGUUUUACUUAAGUGGUGAGACGGAUGGAGCAAAAGGAAAGGAUGGAAAAGAAAUAGGAGGUGGAAGGAAAGGAGAAAGGAGGGUAAACCGAGGAAGCACAGAUGUGGAAAACAGUGAAGACAUACUUCUGUGGGCUAACCCCUUCCUUCAGAGUUACCUGGCAGGGGUCCAUCUGUCUCUGUCAAGAACUGUAUCAGACCGUUCCUUCCUGCAGACCCUCCCUUUCCAAUCAGGCCCAAAGGGGCGUCGGCGACCCCAAAGAGAGGAGAUGGAGCUAACAUUGAGAUUUGCAGUUGGGCUCCUGUUUCACAAUCGGACAGAGCUGCAGAGGCUUCAUUUGUACACAGAGACAACCUUCAGAGACAUGGUGGUCAGCAAGCAGGGUUUAGUAACCAAACACAUUGAGGAGCUUUCCCAUGUUGACAUGAGCCCCGCACAGAUUCUGGAGGCAUGUCACUAUGUUUAUGAGGCAAGUUUUACACAUGAUAACAAUAGCAGAGACAGUGGUGGCACACGACUGGCCACUCACCUGGCAGCGAACCUUCCAGAGGUCCUGACAUUCCACGGAGUUUCACUAAGCCCACUGGACACGUUCGCUGUGCAGAAGAUUCUUGAAAGGGGUGGAACUGAAGGUAGAAGUUUCUGUUUGGAUCUUGAGGACUCUGGGAUACAGAUCUCUGGACUCAGGGCCCUGGUGGGGCUCAGCGACAUCAACACAUACAGGGCGUGCAUUGCCGAUGUCAUCACCCUAUGGGGAGAACUAAAGCAGAGUGGUGAAGAGGUGCUCCUACAACAGGUGGUCUCCAAGUUCAAGAUCCACCCUCUGAAAGCCACGCAGGUCUGUCACAUAGAGCACCUGGCCAAGCUGGUGAACAUACAUGUGAACAGGAGACUGUCAGACAGCUCCAGCCAAUCAGAUUCCAUCCUGGCAGAGGGAGUGCCAGCAGUCAAAGAGCUACACAAGCUGGAGUUUGCACUUGGUCCAGAGAGUGGCCCCCUGGCUCUUCCCAAGCUGUGGGAGCUCCUACCAGGUUUAAAUAACCUGCAGCACUUGGAUUUAGAGAACAGCAAGAUCAACGACAAAGGAGCUGAGAAGUUGGCAGAAGCUUUAGUCUCCCUCUGCUCUCUUGAGAUACUCAAUCUGUCACAGAAUUGUAUAGGCGACGAGGGGGUGAAGAAACUCACAGCCACACUGAGGGAUCUACCCAAAAUGCACCAUUUAAGUCUCUACAGUAAUGUGAUUUCUGAUGAAGGGGCAGAGAGUUUGGCUGCUGCCCUCCCUCACAUGGCAUCUCUCACUGAGCUAGACGUGACGUAUAACAAGUUGACAGAUGUUGGUGCACAAAGCCUUGGAGCCAGUCUAAGAAACUGUAAAAGAAUCAAGACUUUGAGGAUGUGGAACCAGUGUAUUCCAUAUGGAGUAUUUGAGAGACUUCAGCAGCAGGACCAGAGGAUCGCUUGGCUGUCGUAAAAUGUUUAUACCACAAGGCUGUGAACUUGUGUGUUUACACUACACCUUAGGUACAGCAACUACAUUCCCUAGAGCGUUUCUGCUUAAGAGACUGUGACAGUAACAAACACAGAGCAGGAGAGAGGAGAGAGCACUAAAACAAACCAAACAUAGAUGAUUACUUGCUGCUUAUUCAAUAGUUAAUCUUUCUGGAUUCAUUCUACUGUAUUAUUCCAGUCUUUGCUGAAAGGAAAUAAUCUCUCCUUCAGCAAAUAAUGCCUAUUUCAAAAAGCACAUUUGCACUAUGAUUUUUAUAAGGGGCUUGAAUUGUAGAUUGUUUUCUGUGAUUCUGUUUUCUGAAGGGCCUGUUUUUUUUAUUUGUUUGUUUUUGUAUGGAAAAAAGUGCAUUUUUACUUGCUGUAAAUCUUACAUUGUUUUGCAAUCAUCUACAUCUUUUGUAUACAUAAAAUGUUUCAUAUUGUC